GUUGGAAAUGCUUGGCAACACCUAGCAGAACUUGGAAACACUGUGCAGGCCCAUGUAAAUCAUGCAAAACGCUAUCAUUUGUUCUACUUGGAACUAGAACGCACAGAACGCCAAAUAGCACAACAAAAACAACGAUUACAUCAAUUCUUGACUGAUCUUCGGACCCAAAAGCCUGACAGCAAGAGCACCCUAAAGAAUCUGACGACUUGCAUUCAGGAAACACUGGCGGAAAUGGUUCAGUUCUACAUCGACUGGCAGAAAGUGGAGUUGAAAUGUCAGCUUGUUGCGCCCCUUCAUCGGCGUAUGCCCCUACGUCCAGGCGAACACAGCGGGGUCCUGUUGAACUCCAUCAGCCUACCGAAUGGUGAACAGCUGAAAAGUGGUCGUCACGUUCUCGUGCACGCCAACAAGCCCAGCGACCUCCUGCACCGUGAGUGGGUGGUGGAAGACCAGGAGAGUCGUGUGAUGUCAACAGUUCCUGCUCCCUUCGUCUGGCUCAGUUCCACUGAUGUAACGCCUGUUCAAUCGCCAGCCAAUUCUCGACGAAGCACUCCGAUCAAUUGUGACACGACUAACCCGAACAACAGAAUGGCGCCAGUCUCUAGCAACGAAACCACCACGCCUCAAGUUGAUACAGUCCUCGAGAAGUUGGAUGCCUUCGUCGAGAACUGCAAGGAGGAAGAGCCGAAUGAAAGAUUGGAGUUAGAAUCUGGACUAACGAGCCUGAAGGAUAAAAUCUCACAGAGUAAAGAUGAGAAUCAGACAGCAGCCAUGGAUCAGAACCAUGUCUCGGCGCUGACUGAUGCCCUCGAUGCUUAUGAGGGAUUCAUCGGCUGCUUCCACAAAUAUCAGACAGGUUUCAGUCCGCAGCCCAGCCCAGAUAUGGAUAACGACUUCCGCACUACGCCAUCGUAA